AUGUUCCUGACGCGUGGACCGCUGCCAUUGGCUCCUCUGUGGGAGAAGUUUUUCUAUGGUCACGAGGGUCGCUACGCCGUGUACGUGCACGCUUCGCAGCCCAACUUCACAUUCCCCUCCAACUUCUCGCCAGUCUUCGUUGACCGGCAAAUACCAGGCGGCAAGGUGGAGUGGGGUCGAAUGUCCGUCGUGGCUGCCGAGCGACGCCUGUUGGCCUACGCCGUCACGGACAAGCGAAACGAGUACUUCGUCCUCGUCUCGGAAUCGUGCAUUCCGCUGUGGUCGUUCGACUACAUCCACAAUUACAUCUCCAGCACGCACAUCAGCUUCGUCGAGGCGCACAGGGACCCGUUUGACGAGGCGUUUGGGCGGUACCUGCCGGACAUCCACAUGCCGGCCAUCAGGCGCAAGGACUUCCUGAAGGGCAGCCAGUGGUUCGUCAUGCAGCGCCGCCACGCCGAGCUCGUGCUGCAGGACACGGAGCACUACCUCGUGCACUCCAAGUCCUGCCAGUGGAGGGCGCAGCACUCCAAGUACUGCUGCUCCGACGAGCACUACCUUCAGAUCCUCCUCGCUCUGAAGGACCCAGCGGGAAUCUCGCGCUUCCCUGUGACCCUGGCGGACUGGAGCCAGUGGCGGUUCCACCCCGAGACGUACUACUCGUACAACAUGACCGCCGAGCUCUUCAAAACCAUCAAGUCCACAAAGCAUUACAUCCAGUAUCGUUACUACUGGAAGAAGUUCAGAAAUAGAUAUACCUAUAUUGAAAACCCUAAGAAACCUCAACCUGCUCCAACGGUUGAGAAUGGGUUCUGUGUCGUGGAGGGCAAGCUAUCCUUACUUGGCGAACGGAAAAUCGUCGCAAUUGGACGUCAAUCGCCAAAACCGUCAAAAUGGGAAGAUAGCGUUUCUCUCUUGACACGUGGGCCACUCCCAUUCGCUCCGCUCUGGGAGAAAUUCUUCGCGGGGCACGAGGGCCGGUACUCCGUCUACGUGCAUGCAUCCAACACCUCCUUCGCCUUUCCCGCUGACUCGCCGGCCAUUUUCAGAAACAGUCUCAUCCCAGGGGGAGAGGUGCGAUGGGGGGGUAUAAGCAUGGUGGACGCGGAACGGCGGCUGCUGGCAGCGGCGUUGCAGGACCCCGAAAACCAGCACUUCGCGCUUCUCUCCGAAAGCUGCAUUCCGCUGUGGUCGUUCGACUUCGUUCACCAAUACGUCGCCUCGACCUCCGUCAGCUUCGUCGAUUCCUACCCCGACCCAUACAACGCGACCUUCCGCCGCUACAUCCCGCACAUCUUCAAGCCGCUGGUGGACGCGCGCGACUACCGCAAGCGCAACCAGUGGUUCGUGCUGCAGCGCCGGCACGCGCAGCUGGUGGUGCAGGACACGCAGCACUACGCCGUGCACAACCGGAGCUGCGCGGUGAGGCGGGGAAUGAGGGAAUGA